UUUAUUUCAGGUGGGAAAAUUGCAAAAGUAAUUGUUAACAGACUGGAAGAUGUAUCAACACCUAGACCACAAAUCAAAGUCCAGGUUAAAGUUGAGAAGCAGGAAAGUGCUUUUGAUGACAGUUGGAUUGGAGCUGCACGUAGUGAUACAGCUACUCAGCAGAUCAAAAUCGAAAAGCAGGAGGAUGAAUUUGGAGAAUGUGAAUUUGCAACUAGCAACGUCAAAGAUGAGUCAUCCUCACACAAUGGUUCAACUUCCAAUCAGAUGGCGAGAGUUAAGCAGGAGAAUGAUAGCAGCCAAGAACCAGCGCCAGAGUGCAGCACUGCAUGCUCUCCAACUGAUGGUGAUUUCAGCCAACAACAUUAUCUAAUCCCUGGCUAUAAUCUAAUAUUCAUCAAGGAGGAAGAAUAUGUUGAGCAAGAGACAGAAGGAUGUUCAGUGGAGAGUAAACCGGAGAUGUGGCCUUCAAACUUCAGCACAUCUGAAACUGCAAAGGCAACAAAAGUGGGUGAACUGGAUGCACAUUCAAUCUCUCCAGUGGAAGACGGCACUGAGCCAUCAUUGGCUGGCAAAAAGAUCAAGCUCUACAGCUGUGCUGACUGCAGCUAUGAAACAAGAUGGAUCAGUUAUUUAAAGAGACACAUGAGAAAACACACUGGAGAAAAGCCUUUCAGUUGUGAUUUAUGUGACUAUAAUGUGCUCAAUCAAGUGCUUUGAAAUCACAUAUCAGAACACAUACAGGAGAAACACCUUUCAGCUGCGAGUAUUGUGACUAUAAAUGUGCUUGGUCAAGUACUUUGAAGGAACAUAUCAGAACACAUACAGGAG